CCUCCACAUGCUCUCACAUGCUGCCUCACCGCGCGUCCACAUCGCUUCCGCCCUGCCUCCCAUUUUCCCGCUUGUUAUUCUGCCCGCUUUCUCCUCCGUCCGGGCGUCACGAUGUCCACGUGAGGUGCGCGGCGGCGACUUGUGGCGGAUUCGAGACAAAAGCGGGGGCACAUGCUCGAUGAGGAGGUGAAGGAGAAGAAGAAGAAAAAGAAGAAAAGGAGGAGGCUGCUUCGACGCGCUCACAGGCUGCGCUGUUGUUUCUUCCCCUGUGAGUGCCUUCGUCCUGAGCAGAGCAACAGCAUGGAUCUCUCCUUCAUGGCCGCGCAGAUCCCAGUUAUGACGGGAGCCUUCAUGGACUCGUCGCCAAACGACGACUACAGCGGCGAGCACUCGCUCUUCAACUCGUCGGCCAGCGUCCACGCCGCCGCCUCUGCCGCCUCCGUGCAAGGCCAGCAGGACGAGUCGCAGUCCAUGUCCAGCGACGCCAUCUGGCUUUGGAUCGCCAUCGUCGCCACCAUUGGGAACAUCGUGGUGGUAGGCGUGGUCUACGCUUGCACUUUCUGAUGCACAAAGACCCAAAUCUGUGGGAAAAUGUCUGCUUUCCUGAGGGUCAGAGCGAAAGACUAGUUUGCUUGGACUCUACGAUUCUCUUGGAAACGGGACACCGAGAACCACUGGAACUUUAAUUCCUGCUAAGUUCCUUUCCAUGUCUGCCCUCAGAACAGAAGAGUUGCCCUGCGGAGACGGAGAUGCGAAUGGAUGUUAAAUGGGGCUUGAGAUCCGGGUUGAUCCGGGGCCAUCGUAAGCUUCCGUUUGCCGCAAAGUAAUUUAGGACAGCACGGUUUAAUUAUGCCCCUGUACAUGGAUGGUGAAUCUUAAAAAAUUCAGAAGGCAGUCGGAUUAUUUUCAUCUGAAGCGGCCCUGAGGCCCAACGCCAUUAGAGCUCAUGUAAGGAUACUUUUUGGACAUUCAAAAAGUGAACAUUUCUGCUUGUCGCACACUGAAAAUCACACGACCCUCACUUUAUCAAAGCCCAUAUUUAACGAUACAAUAAUUCAAUUAGCCCGACAACUUCAUCUUUUCCACACUGCUGAACGUUAUUAACCAUCUUUCACAGCUUUUGGUCGGGGGGUUCGGACCUACAGUACUGGACCUUCUCCCAGUUUUUGCAGCAAGCUGACAAGCUGCUUGCCGUGACCUUGAGGUGUUCAUUAGGACCAACAAGUUAUUAUUUACCUCCUAAAAACCUGCUAUUAUUGUCAUGAAGUGAUUAUGUUAGCCAUUGGCCACAACAUUGAUUAGUGUAAUGAUGCGUAGAGAGGAAUCAAUUUAACGGUGUGGUUUUGCAGGGGUGUAGAACCUACUGCCUUUAGCUAAAUAAUGUCAAGAAAAUAUGGGAAACGACCUAAAACCGACAAUGAACAUAUUGUUUAACAAAUAUAUUUAUGACAGGGUCAAUCAACACUGAGCAUUCUCAUAUUUGAUACAAAUAUAUGUAUUGGAUCUCAUUAGAAUGUACACUAUAUUGCCAAAAGUAUUUGGCCACCUGCCUUGAGUUAUAUAUGAACUUGAAGUGCCAUCCCAUUCCAUUUCCAUAGGGUUCAAUAUGAUGUCGGUCCAACUUUUGCAGCUAUUAUAGCUUCAACUCUUCUGGGAAGGCUGUCCACAAGGUUGCGGAGUCUUGUUUAUAGGAAUCUUCCACCAUUCUUCCAGAAGCGCACUGGUGAGGUCAAAGGCCUGGCUCUCAGUCUCCAUUCUAAGUCAUUUCAAAGGUGUUCUAUGGGGGCAGGUCAGGACUCUGUGCAGGCCAGUCAAGUUCAUCCACAUCAGACUCUGUCAUCCAUGUCUUUAUGAACCUUGCUUUGUGCACUGGUGCAGAGUCAUGUUGGAAAAGGAAGGGGCCCGCUCAAAACUGUUCCCCCACAAGGUUGGGAGCAUGGAAUUGUCCAAAAUGUUUUGGUAUCCUGGAGCAUUCAAAGUUCCUUUAACUGGAACUAAGGGGCCCAACACCUGAAAAACAACCCCACACCAUAAUUCCUCUUCCACCAAAUUUCACAUUUGGCACAAUGCAGUCCGAAAUGUAGCGUUCUCCUGGCAACCUCCAAACUCAGACUCGUCCAUCAGAUUGCCAGGUGGAAAAGCAUGAGUCAUCACUCCAGUGAAGGUGUCUUCACUGCUCUAGAGUACAGUGGCGACGUGCUUCACACCACUGCAUCCCCCGCUUUGUAUUGGACUUGGUGAUGUAUGGCUUAGAUACAGCGGGUUGGCCAUGGAAACCCAUUCCAUGAAGCUCUCUGCGUACUGUACGUGGGUUAAUUGGAAGAACAUAUGAAGUUUGGAGCUCUGUAGCAACUGACUGUGCAGAAAGUAUUUGCACUACGUCCUUCAGCAUCCACUGACUCCUCUCUGUCAGUUUACGUGGACUACCACUUGGUGGCUGAGUUGCUGUUGUUCCCAAACUCUUCCAUUUUCUUAUAAUAAAGUUGACUUCGGAAUAUUUAGGGGCGAGGAAAUUUCACGACUAGAUUUGUUGCUUAGGUGGCAUCCUAUGACAGUUCCAUGCCACCCAUUCUUUCACAAAUGUUUGUAGAAACAGCCUCCAUGCCUAAGUGCUUGUUUUAUACUACGCCAAGUGAUGAAGACCCCUGAUUCUGAUCAUUUGAAUGGGUGGCCAAAUACUUUUGGCAAUACAGUGUACCUAAUGUUGUGGUCAGGAAAAAAAAGGUACUAUAUCUCCAUCUACUAUCAAUCCAUUUUUCUUUUGAAGUUUUAAAUGAAAUAGAUUUUUCCAUAACCACUCCUUUUGAACAAGUUAUUGUAACAAAAAGCAUAGCUGACAUAAUCUUCCUCUUUAGUUCACAGACUAGUUGUGUAGAAAGAGAGUAUGGCCAACCCGGAUUCAGGCAAUCUUUCUCAAAGAUCGGUCAAAAGGCACUCACCUGAACACAGGGCGCCAUGUUUGCUACCAACUUUGAGCUGAUGCUAUGCGUUUGUAGCUCUACCUCGUUAAUUUUUCAAGGUGUAAAAAUGGGGCUGCUCCCCCCAUGCGUAUUGUGGAGUUUUUACAUCGCAUGCCCCCUAGCCCGGAAAGUAGACAAGGUUCCUGAACAACACUAGAGCAUCUUGUGCGAGGUAACCACGCGACACAAUAUCUGUGUUUUGUUCCAAACAGAAAUACUAGGGGUGUAACGGUACGUGUAUUUGUAUUGAACCGUUUUGGUACGGGGGUUUCGGUUCGGUUCGGAGGUGUAUGGAACGUUACGGACAUAUUAAGUAGCAUACCGCACGUUGUGUAAACAAUGCACACAGAGGCAACAUGAAUUGAUUAACAUGGACCCCGACUUAAACAAGUUGUAAAACUUAUUCGGGUGUUACCAUUUAGUGGUCAAUUGUACGGAAUAUGUCUUGUACUGUGCAAUCUACUAAAAAAAAGUACCAAUCAAAAGAGAAAUAUCAUUUAGAAUAACACAUAAUGAGUGACACAUACACUGAUUACAAACACAUUAGAGGCAGCCACCACACUUGACUGUACAAAAGUCGUAAUUUCUCUGGGAUUGUUCGUCCAAAGCUAAUAUAUAUAUCUUGGAAAAAUGAGGGUAACAAGUUAUUUUUUGGGUCAAUCUGUGUAUUUUUUUUUCUUACGUUUAUUCCGACAUCGUGUGUGUUAGAGCAGUGGUCCCAAACCACCGUGGCCCGAUUGUUACCGGGCCGCAGAAGAAUUUUUUAUUAAAAAAAAAAAAUAUUUGUUUUUAUUUUUAUUAAAUCAACAUAAAAAACACACAAUAUACACUUACAAAUAGUGCACCAGCCACAAAAAACUCCCUUUUUCAAGACAAAAACGUCCCUUUUUCAUGACAAAGAAGAAGAAAAAAAAAGGAUACCCCCCCCCCCCCCCCGGGACAAAUUAUUAAGAGUUGACCGGUCCGCGGAUACAAAAAGGUUGGGGACCACUGUGUUAGAGGGUUUGCUGGUCACGAAACAAAGCAGGAAUGUAACACCAUAGUGCGUCAAAUACGGCCGCAAAAUUAUACUUUCACGAAAUAAAAGCGUGUUUUAUUGAAUGUUUAUGAGCUGGACUAUGUUUAGAAUGUUAUAUAGGAGGUAUUGUUUUGGUUUCAUCAGAAAAACUAACAUGACAGUCUUGGUAGCAGUCAUGGCGCAUGUUUAAUUGGCGGUCAGGUUCAAACACUGAUGACAUCUAUUAAACGAGACAAGAAGCAAGGAAUUAAACAGAGGCAGAAUUAAAUUUGGCUCAGCUUGAAGAGAAACGUCUGGGCUGUACUCUUGUACAGUCUCCAGCACGCUCUGGCGAAAGAUUGUACGCAACCUCUUUUUCUUUGGACUUCCCGUUUGCACAACAACUGUUUCUAAAGGAAUAGGAGGGUAUGUAAACAGCCAUUGUUUUCGGUGACAUUAACACAAAAGAAAAAGAUGCCUCGGGCUCGGACUAGUCUUGGAUCGAGCUUGAGCAGGUCUUGGAUCAAAGUAGAUAACCCCUCUCGUCUCCUCCCGUCGUACAUAAUGGAAUUUUACAAGCCUUUGGCUCGGUAGAACAAAGACAGCCUGUCUGUUCACUGGAAACUCAGACAACAGAAAGUUUCUUGAUAAUUUACAUAUAAUUUUUCUGACAUUGGCUAUACUCUCUUGAUACACCCACGUGGAGGGGUAUGUAAACAGCCAUUGUUUUCGAUCACAUUAACACAAAAGAAAAAGAAGCCUCGGGGCUAGGACUGGUCCUGGAUCGAGCUUGGGCAGGUUUUGGAUCAAAAUAGAUAACCCCUCCUGUCCCCUCCCGUCGUACACAAAUAAAUUUUACAAGCCUUUGGCUUGUUACAACAAAGACUGCCUGUCUGUUCACUGAAAACUCAGACAACAGAAAGUUUUUUGAUAAUUUACAUAUAAUUUUUCUGACAUUGGCCAUACCCUCUUGAUACACCCACGUGGUUGAAAUGACUCAGCAGCUCCCCUGCUGGUUGCAGCCAAGUAGUGAAUUUGAUUGAUUAAAGACUGAAUUCCACACUAUUAGGAAUUUGACAGACAAUUUUCUAUCCAUCCCUAGUGAAAUAAUAUCUGGAUGUUGAAAAAUAACGUGUUUAACAUUUACUCCGUUCAGUGGUACUCAGGGUUUCUUAUUAUAUAAAUAAAAUAUUAUGAUAUAUUAAAUUAUUGUCCAAAUAAAAAAAGACUCACCAAAAGAUGUGAUGAAAUUAAAUUAAUUCCAAAUUGUGUUGGAAUGUUUACCAUUAACAUGCCACUUAAGCCAAAUACCUGAAAAACAAAGUAUGUUUGAGGUGGUACUGCUUGGGAAGCAUUUAUUUUGGUUUUUAUUGAUUCAAAUAAUAAUAGAAAAAAAAAAAAAGCUGAAUCAGAAUUUUUUUUUUCAGAAAUGUGCCGAGUAUCAAACCUUUCAGCCAAAGAAAAUGACGUUCUCUUACAUUCACACACAAAAACUAACACUUCAUUCACAAAAAUAUAAAAUCUCUCUCUGAGGGUCUACUUAUUGAUGUUUGUUGUUUUUAAACAGUCAUUGUAUCAUUUUUUUUUUUUUUCAAAAGUGUGAACUUGAAGUGACCACAUAUUGUUUGACUUGUGUUGCAAUUAGUUCAUUAGUCAAAUGUUUAUUGUAACUUACACUGGUGACUGUAUCCUAGACAAUAGGGGACCUUAAUUACAGUAUUGUAAUUAACUUGCUAAAUGAUUACUUUUCAGGCCUGCUUUUCAAUGACUGGUUGAUGUAUUGAACUACUUAGAAAUGUUGUAAACCACUUAGACACAAUACUCCGUUUGUAUAUGCUUUUAGAAUCCUGGCGGCAUUGUAUACUGUAUUCUGUAAAUAUCUAUAAAGGGAGCGCAAAACACAA